AUGGAAGGGGAGAAAUUUGGAGGGUCUUUGCCGGUGCCUAACGUUCAAGAGCUAGUUAAGAAAGAACCGCACAUGAAACAAGUUCCGGCGAGGUACAUACAAGAUGAUAUUGCACCGCCCAAUAUUGUCGAUUCUUCAAGUUUACUCGAUCAAAUCCCUGUCAUCGACUUGCAUGCACUGCUUUACUCUUCGGAUCAUGAUUUGUUUCAAUCUGAACUCCACAAAUUGGACGAUGCCUGCAAAAAUUGGGGCUUCUUUCAUUUGGUUAAUCAUGGUGUAAGUACUUCACUGGUGAAGCAAAUGAAAUCAGAAAUAGAACAAUUCUUCGAUUCUCCCAUAGAGGAGAAGACUAAGCUUGAACAAGAACCAGGGGAUGUACAAGGUUAUGGCCAAGCUUAUGUUUUCUCCGACCAACAGAAGCUCGAUUGGUGCGACAUGUUGUACCUGUUUACUCUCCCUAUUCAUUUGAGAAAACCUCGUCUUUGGCAAAACCUCACACCUUCUUUCAGUGAAACGUUAAACGAAUAUUCAUCGGAGCUACGCAAACUGUUCAUGAAGCUGCUAAACUUAUUUGCAAAAAUACUAAACAUUGAUGAGGAGGAAAUUGGGGAUUUAUUUGAGGAAGGAAUGCAAUCAUCAAGGUUAAAUUAUUAUCCACCUUGUCCCCAACCAGAUUUGGUAACAGGUCUAACUCCACACUCAGAUCCGGUCGGUCUCACCAUCCUCCUUCAGGUCAACAAUGUUGAUGGUUUGCAAAUACAACAUAAUGGAUCGUGGGUUCUAAUCAAACCACUUCCGGAUGCAUUCAUUGUCAAUAUUGGCGAUGUUUUAGAGAUAUUUAGCAAUGGAGCAUACAAGAGUAUUUUGCAUAGAGCGAUUGUUCAAUCAGAAGUGGAGAAGAGGAUGUCUAUAGCGACGUUUAUCACCCCGAGAUUGGAUGGGAAGGUUGGCCCAGCCAAAAGCUUGACGUGCCCUAAAACUGGAACAGGAACGGCGCCACAGUUCUACACCGUGAGUGUUACUGAUUUCAUCAAGGGAUAUAUUGGGCGUGAACUAGACCUUAAAUCUAAUGUGGAUGCAUUGAGAGUCAAAGGCCCGGAGGAGGAAGGUGACCUCAAAGAGAAGUGAAUUUAAUUAUUCCAAUAAAUAUAUGGUUUUUCUAUCUAUUAUAAGGAGAAGAAAUAAGUUGUUAUGAGAAUAAACUCCUCUAUUUAUAAUUAUUUCAUAUAAUAUAUGGUAUGUAUAUUAAAUUGCCUACAUAUAUACAUACAUAUUUGUGU